GACUGUGCGACGCCCCUGUGUGGAAACCCCGUAGCACGAACCGGCCAUAACAACCAUAAUACAAGAUGGCGGGUGCCGACGGUGAUGAUUCUCUUUACCCCAUUGCGGUGCUUAUUGAUGAAUUAAGAAAUGAAGACGUUCAGUUGCGGCUGAACAGCAUUAAGAAGCUCUCCACCAUCGCACUGGCUUUGGGUGUUGAGAGGACACGUACUGAACUGCUCCCUUUCCUCACAGAUACUAUUUACGAUGAGGAUGAAGUUCUCCUUGCUCUUGCUGAACAGCUGGGAAACUUCACCAUGCUGGUCGGAGGCCCUGAUUACGUGCACUGUCUCCUUCCACCAUUGGAGAGCCUGGCCACAGUUGAGGAGACCGUGGUGAGGGACAGAGCCGUGGAAUCACUACGGAAGAUCUCCCAUGAGCACUCACCUGUGGACCUGGAAGUGCACUUCGAGCCCCUGGUAAAACGCCUGGCCAGUGGUGACUGGUUCACUUCUCGCACUUCAGCUUGUGGACUCUUCAGCGUCUGCUACCCACGGGUCUCCAGCACCGUCAAAGCCGAGAUUCGCCAGCACUUUCGUAACCUUUGCUCUGAUGAUACUCCAAUGGUCCGUCGUGCUGCUGCAUCUAAGCUGGGAGAGUUUGCCAAAGUGUUGGAGCUGGAUUAUGUCAAGAGCGACAUCAUCUCUCUGUUCACUGCACUGGCUUCUGACGAGCAGGACUCUGUGCGUCUCCUGGCUGUGGAGGCAUGUGUCAGCAUUGCCACCCUGCUGCCCCAGGAGGAUCUGGAGUCUCUGGUCAUGCCCACUCUGAGGCAAGCCGCCGAGGACAAGUCCUGGAGGGUUCGCUAUAUGGUGGCAGACAAGUUCUCAGAGUUACAAAAGGCAGUCGGUCCAGAAAUCACAAAGAACGACCUCGUGCCAGCUUUCCAGAACCUUCUCAAAGACUGUGAGGCUGAAGUACGUGCCGCUGCUGCCAAUAAGGUCAAAGAAUUCUGCGAGAAUUUACCAGAAGACAGCCGAGAGACGAUCAUCAUGAAUCACAUUCUGCCCUGUGUCAAGGAACUGGUUUCAGACACAAAUCAGCACGUCAAAUCGGCUCUGGCUUCAGUGAUCAUGGGUUUGUCGACCAUUCUGGGCAAGGACAACACCAUCGAGCACCUGCUUCCUCUCUUUCUGGCCCAGCUCAAAGAUGAGUGUCCAGAAGUGCGUCUGAACAUAAUCUCUAAUCUGGACUGUGUGAACGAGGUCAUCGGGAUCCGCCAGCUGUCCCAAUCUCUCCUCCCUGCUAUUGUAGAGCUCGCAGAAGAUGCCAAGUGGAGGGUGCGGCUGGCCAUCAUUGAAUACAUGCCUCUACUGGCAGGCCAGCUGGGGGUGGAGUUCUUUGACGAGAAACUGAAUUCCCUGUGCAUGGCGUGGCUUGUCGACCAUGUAUAUGCCAUCCGAGAGGCAGCCACCUGCAACCUGACGAAGCUGGUGGAGAAGUUCGGUGCAGAAUGGGCUCAGAACACUAUCAUACCCAAAGUACUAGGAAUGGCCAACGACCCCAACUACCUGCAUCGUAUGACCACGCUCUUCUGCAUCAACGCUCUAUCGGAGGCGUGCGGUCAGGAGAUCACCACCAAGCACAUGCUCCCUGUGGUCCUGAAAAUGUCCAAUGAUCAAGUGGCUAAUGUGCGCUUCAACGUGGCUAAGUCUCUCCAGAAGAUCGGUCCUGUUCUGGACAGCAACUCUUUGCAGACUGAGGUAAAGCCUGUGCUGGAGAAACUGGCUGCAGACCAAGACAUCGACGUCAAAUACUUUGCCCAAGAGGCUAUAAGUGUUCUUGUCCUGGCUUAAUGGAGCCCAUGCUAAACUCCCCAUCUCGAGCUGACCACCACCUCCUCCACCACCACCACCACCAUCAUCAUCUUUUUCCAGGAUCAUUCAUUGGACUGUUAAAAGAAAGGAGGCCUGUUUUGUUUCUCCGGUAUGGAAGUGCUGGAGAAGAAGCUGUGCUUUUCUCGCUAUUUCGAAUCGAGUUGUUUGUCUGCCUUUUUUUUUUUUUUUUUUUUUCCUCUCAGCCUCGAAUGAUCCUGAAAAUCUCAUGCUCUUACCCUUCAUUCUGACUGCAGUCUGGAGGUGGUUGGAGGUGGGAUGUACUUGUCAAACAAACACCGUAUCGUUACACAGUAACUUGACAAUUAAUUAGCUUGCCUUUCUGUAUGUGUUAAUCUGCCCUCACUUUCAGCACUUUUUCGAUGUCGUCCUACUAAAUGAACUGUUGUGACAAAUACUUACCAGACUGUGUUCCUGGUUGUCUUUUAGGAGGAACUUUAUGAUGAUGACAAUGACCUAGAAGUCCCAGUAAUAACUCUAUACCCUUCCUAGUUUCCGUGCAUAAGCAUAUAAGGGCAGUAGUGAAUUCUGAGCUUGCAUGGCUUGCUUUGAGCCCUCUAGCCCUGUGCAUGGCAGUAUCUGGACUGAUAGAACUGCUGUUAGCAUUUAGCAUCCGUGUCUCACUUAACUGCUAAUAAUUCUCAAGCCCUGGAUCCUCAACGCAUUGGUAGAAGUGUUCCCGUACUACGCCACAUGCUAUCCGUAUUCCAACUCUGUCAGAAGUUUUCAAAAGAUUUACUGCUUAUAGUUUAAAAAGGGACCAUUUAUAAAUAUUUUCCUCUAGUAGCAGUAAUCCAGAAGACAAUAGUUCCCAAUGUAUGAAUCAGAACAUUCUCUGCUAUUCUGUGCCAUCAACCAUACUAAACGUCUUCUCACACACACAAAAUAAAAGGUCCCUCUUGUGUGUUUAUAUUAAACCGAUCUGUAUAAUACUUUGAUCCUUUAUUCCUAAGCUUCUGCAUGACCCUCCUUGCUCAAAGGUGAACCUUGCUCUGCAGUAAGGAGAGAUUCAUUAGCAACAGGAUAAAUGUUAUGGGUCAAGUCUGUUUCAUGCAGCACACUCCCUAUCGUGCCAGUGAAAUGUUCCUCCUCAGCUUCAGAAAACGGUCCGCGUUCCCCUUUCGUUAUCGUGAUUUGCCGUCAGAAUGUGCUUUUGGUUUUAUAUGAACGUGAACUCACGCUGUUAUUUAACAGCGCAGAAUCAAUAAAGAAUCUGACAAAAA